AAUAAAUUAAUUUGUUAAUCAUAUAACUGAAUUUAAAAUUAUAAUUAUACAUGUUAAUAGUAUGUUUUAAUUAUACUGUGUUAAUAGUAUGUUAUUUCCAGAUAUGUGGGUAUUCGAUGUCGUGUAAACUAUUGUUUAUCAUACAUUAGGUUAAAUUAGUCAUCAGUAAUUAAGUCAGUGGUUUGAAGAGCUGAGCUGUGUGUGUUUAAACUUUAUAAUACAUAUAUUGUGAGUGAACUGCAUGAACAGAACUAUUAUCAAUUUAUACUUGAAAAUAAUAUAGUUGAUUAUGCAGAACGGAUAUACAAGCCAUCCACAGGAGCAAAGCGGAGGAGGCACGAUGCAAGUAGCUGCUAAGAUUUUCACAGCCAUUUCACUAACAUUAGAAAUUCUUCUGCUUAUUUUGCGAGUUUUCUACGAAGCAGGGUAUGCCAUCUUUAGAAAAUUCGUACCUUUCGAAGAAAGGCCGGUUGUCGGUGAAAUUGUAUUGAUUACCGGUGCGGGUCAUGGAAUAGGAAAAGAAAUGGCGCUGCAAUAUUCAGCUUUGGGUGCCACCGUGGUCUGUUUAGAUUUAAAUAAACAAAAUAAUGAGCAAACAGUGAAUGAGAUCAAAUCAAAUAUGGGAAAAGCACAUGCAUACGUUUGUGAUGUUACAAACAAAGAACAAGUUCUUGAAGUCGCCAAGCAAGUACAAAAGGAAGUUGGAGAUGUUACGAUCCUGAUCAACAAUGCAGGAAUUAUGCCUUCUCAUGCUAUGCUGGACCAUACCACAGAAGAAAUAAGGAAAAUAUUUGAUAUCAAUGUAUUUGCACAUUUCCAUAUGUUCGAGGCGUACUUGCCAACAAUGAUCAAGAAGAACAAAGGUCACAUUGUCGCUUUGUCUUCGAUGGCUGGCAUUGGCGGUUUUCCGAACCUCGUUCCGUACUGUGGUUCUAAAUUUGCUGUACGAGGUUUAAUGGAAGCAUUACACGAGGAACUUCGCGAGGAUCCCAGGCAGUUGAAAAUCAAGUUGACCACAGUUUGCCCUUAUAUGGUAGAUACAGGACUUUGCAAAGUUGUGAAAAUACGUUUCCCGGGUUUCAUGCCAAUGGUUAAUCCUAAAAAUUGUGCUAGUGCUAUCAUAAAAGCUCAAAGGCAAGGAAUUGAAGAAAUAACAAUUCCAGGAUAUCUGUUGCAUUUAAAUAAUUUCGUUAGAUUGUUCCCCAUCAAAGCUGGUAUUUUGAUUAAGGACUUCUUUGAUAGUGGUGUUGGCUCAGAUUUGCAUCUGCAAUAAUAAUACAGUGGUUUUAGUGAUCUAUUAAAGAUGUAUUAUAAAUGAAUAGGUUACAAACAAUUAAUAUUCAUUUGAUUGCCUUGUGUUUCACUACUCUAUGAUAUUAUCGUAAGC